UUUUUUUAUAAAUAAAUGAUAAAUGCAAUAAUAUUCUCUUGGUAAUUACCAAGUAUAUAUUCACUGAAAAUGGCCAGCUGUGGUGAAUACAUCAAAAGUCAAUUCCCGUUAAUAGAUGAAGAAUUGAAGAAAUAUGUCGAAGAUAUCCUGGACAACAGUGCUGGAGAGUUUGAAGAUACAGAGGAGGUGUACGAAGCCGUCGGAGAAGUUUUACAAGGCAUUUCCGAAAAAUCUGAAGAUGAUAUUAGAGAAAUAUGUGAAAUACUCCUUCACAUGAUGCAACCGGAGAAGACAAAUGCAAGCAAUGGACCCCGGAAAGUGUUGGAUGCGCCCAUACACCUUGCCUCUAUGACGUCACAACAAGAGCCCACGGAGGACCUUAAGAGUAUAUGGCUUCAAACUAGGGAUGAUAAUUUGAAAGUAGAUGCAAAAAAGUUAGAAAAAGCUGAGGCCAAGUUACAGCAAAAGAAGGAUAAGCAGAAAGACAUUAAAGUGCCGGUGGCCGCCCCUGUGCUGCAGACUGCCACCGCCUCGCAGGUCACAUCCAAGAAGGACAGCAAACUUGAAGCCAAGGGCAAUAACCGGACACAGGAUAUUAGGAUAGAGAACUUUGAUAUCGCUUAUGGUGACAGAGUUUUAUUACAAGGCGCAGAUCUCAUACUAGCAUUCGGCCGGCGCUACGGCCUGGUAGGGCGGAACGGUCUCGGCAAGACCACAGUGCUCCGCAUGAUCUCAUCGAAGCAACUAAAGAUACCGUCACACAUCUCCAUACUGCAUGUGGAACAGGAGGUGGUUGGAGACGACACGGUGGCGCUACAGAGCGUGCUGGAGUGUGAUACUGUGAGGGACAGGCUGCUGCGGAGAGAGAGGGAGAUUACAGCGGCUAUUAAUAAUGGAUCAACAGACCCAGCGCUAUCAGCAGAGUUGACAGAGAUCUACGCACAACUAGAAGCGAUCGAGGCGGACAAGGCGCCCGCUCGGGCGUCCAUCAUCCUUAGCGGUCUGGGCUUCACGCCGGAGAUGCAGGCUCGUGCCACUAAAACAUUCUCCGGAGGGUGGAGGAUGAGGCUCGCCUUAGCCCGAGCGCUAUUCUCAAAACCCGACUUACUAUUGCUCGACGAGCCCACCAACAUGUUGGACAUAAAAGCCAUCAUUUGGCUCGAGAACUACCUUCAAAACUGGCCCACGACGCUACUAGUGGUCUCCCACGACAGAAACUUCCUCGACACGGUGCCCACAGACAUCUUACACUUGCACACGCAGAGGAUAGAGUCUUACAGAGGAAACUACGAGCAGUUCCACAAAACGAAGACAGAUAAACAUAAGAACCAGCAACGUGAAUGGGAGGCGCAACAGCAACACCGGGCUCACACGCAGGAGUUCAUUGACCGCUUCCGCUACAACGCCAACCGCGCCUCCUCCGUGCAGAGCAAGAUCAAGAUGUUGGACAAACUUCCAGAGUUAAAACCGGUAGAGAAGGAAAUAGAUGUGGUGCUCCGGUUUCCGGAGACGGAGCCCCUCUCUCCGCCCAUUCUGCAGUUGAACGAGGUCGGCUUUUACUACUCGAAGGACAAGGUUAUCUUCACCAACGUCAACCUUGGCGCUACGCUGGAGUCUAGGAUAUGUAUUGUGGGUGACAACGGUGCCGGUAAGACGACGUUACUAAAGAUAAUAAUGGGCAUCCUCUCCCCCACGAGCGGCGCGCGCAACGUGCACCGCGGCCUCAAGUUCGGCUACUUCUCGCAGCACCACGUCGACCAGCUCGAGAUGAACGUCAACUCGGUCGAGCUACUCCAGAAGAGCUACCCAGGCAAAACGAUAGAAGAAUAUAGACGGCAACUAGGCAGUUUCGGUGUCAGCGGUGACCUCGCGUUACAAACCAUAGGCAGUCUCUCCGGAGGACAGAAGUCUCGGGUGGCCUUCGCCAUCAUGUGCAUGGGCAACCCCAACUUCCUCGUACUCGACGAGCCGACGAAUCACUUGGAUAUUGAGACUAUUGAGGCGCUGGGCAAGGGCAUCAACAAGUAUACAGGCGGCGUGAUCCUAGUAUCCCACGACGAGCGGCUAAUACGAGUGGUGUGCAAAGAGCUGUGGAUCUGCGGCAACGGCUCCGUCACCAGCAUAGAGGGCGGCUUCGACGAGUACCGCAAAAUCGUCGAGAGGGAGCUCGCCGAGCAGAACAAAUAGCAGAAUCACC